AUGGCCCAAAUCGAGUCCCACCUCAAGGAUGUCGCCAUCCUCGGCGCCAUCCCCAAUGACGCCCGCAAGAUCCUGACCAAGGAAGCUUGUGCCUUCCUGGCCAUCCUGCACCGCACCUUUAAUCCCACCCGCAAGGCCCUGCUCCAGCGCCGCAUCGACCGCCAGGCCGCCAUCGACAACGGCCACCUGCCCGACUUCCUGCCGGAGACCAAGCACAUCCGCGAGAACGAUGCCUGGAAGGGCGCCCCCCAGCGCCGGAUGGUCGUCAACGCCCUCAACUCCGACGUCUGGACCUACAUGGCCGACUUUGAGGACUCGAGCGCGCCCACCUGGGACAACAUGAUCAACGGCCAGGUCAACCUGUACGACGCCAUCCGCCGCCAGGUCGACUUCAAGCAAGGUGGCAAGGAAUAUAAGCUGCGUACCGACCGCACUCUGCCCACGCUGAUUGCCCGUGCCCGUGGCUGGCACCUGGACGAGAAGCACUUCACCGUUGACGGCGAGCCUAUCUCUGGCGGCCUGUUCGAUUUCGGUCUGUACUUCUUCCACAACGCACAGGAGCUCGUCUCCCGCGGCCACGGACCGUACUUCUACCUGCCCAAGAUGGAAUCCCACCUUGAGGCCCGCCUGUGGAACGACGUCUUCAACCUGUCCCAGGACUAUAUCCGGAUGCCCCGCGGCACGAUCCGCGGCACGGUCCUGAUCGAGACCAUCACCGCCGCCUUUGAAAUGGACGAGAUCAUCUACGAGCUGCGCGACCACUCCUCGGGCCUGAACUGCGGCCGCUGGGACUACAUCUUCUCCUUCAUCAAGAAGUUCCGCAACCACCCGAACUUCGUCCUCCCUGACCGCUCCGACGUGACGAUGACCGUCCCCUUCAUGGACGCGUACGUCAAGCUGCUCAUUAAGACCUGCCACCGUCGCGGCGUGCAUGCAAUGGGCGGCAUGGCGGCCCAGAUCCCCGUGAAGAACGACCCCGCGGCGAACGACAAGGCCAUGGAGAGCGUGCGCGCCGACAAGCUGCGGGAAGUGCGCGCCGGCCAUGACGGCACAUGGGUCGCGCACCCGGCUCUGGCGGCGAUCGCGUCAGAGAUCUUCAACAAGCACAUGCCGACGCCGAACCAGCUCUUCAAGCGCCGCGAGGACGUCGUCAACAUCACUGCCAAUGACCUGCUGAACACCAAUGUCCCCGGCAAGAUCACCGAAGACGGCAUCCGCAAGAACCUGAACAUCGGCCUGUCUUACAUGGAAGGCUGGCUGCGCGGCAUUGGCUGCGUGCCUAUCAACUUCCUCAUGGAAGAUGCUGCCACCGCCGAAGUCUCCCGCUCGCAGUUGUGGCAGUGGACACGCCACAACGUGACCACUUCUGAAGGCAAGCGCGUCGAUAAGAGCUACGCUCUGCGUCUGCUGCAGGAGCAGGCUGAUUCGCUGGCCUCGAAGGGUCCCAAGGGCAAUAAGUUCCAGACUGCAGCAAGGUAUUUUGCCGGUCAGGUUACUGGUGAGGAUUAUGCGGAUUUCUUGACUAGCUUGCUCUACAACGAGAUUUCGUCGGCUGGUACUGCUGCGAAGCUGUGA